UCGUACAAAUUCAUGAAAACAAAAAUAACUUUUUGGUUUUCAUUUAUGGUUAACUGUGUUAAUGUUAGGUUUAAAAUCACAUUGUAAGAAGAUAAAUUGUAGAAAUAGGCGGCCCGUAUCACUUUGUGGCUAUAGCAACUAACGUUAGUGACAACCAAGUCAGAUCAUCCCACUGCGUGAAGUCGUUCGGCAAAUAUGUCUGCUACGGAUGUAGGCGGUUGUGGACCCGGAGCAGGACCCAGUUCGGGUGCUGGGUCCGGGGCAUCAAACCCUCGAAAAUUUAGCGAGAAAAUAGCUCUACAUACCCAACGUCAGGCUGAAGAGACUGCUGCUUUUCAGGAGGUUAUGAUGGACAUCACCUCUACCAGGAUCCAGGCUCAGAAAGUGCGUCUGGCUAGAACCCAGGGCCCGUACUAUGGGGGCUCCCUACCCAACGUUAAUCAGAUCGGCAGGAACCCAGGCGACUUUCAGGGUUUGUUCCACUCUAACCUGGACUCCAGUCGCUCCACACGGCACCACGGCCUGGUAGAGCGGGUCCAGAGGGACAGACGCUUCAUCUCCCCAGGGCGUCCCUACAGGAAACAAGUGGACAGCUCUCCGUACAACUCGGCCUAUCUGUCCCCGCCUCCGGACACCAGUUGGAGAAGGAACUGUUCGGGCAACUUCCCAGGAGACAAAAGCCCGUUGUUUCGCCUCCCCACCAUGGCACUCAACAGGACCAACUCAGACUCUGCCCUCCACACCAGUGUGAUGAACCCCCCUGCAGGAGACCCCUUCAACGCUGGACACACACUCACCCUUCAGGGCAGACUCACUGGUCAGAGUGAAGGAGAGGGGAGAAGAAUGUUUCCGUACCCAGUUCCCCCCAUUGAGGAGAACAUUCUGGAUCAGGGCAAACUGCUCAAGCCCUGGGACACCAAGAAGUUGCCCCUGCUGUCUUCUCGACCCAAGUCCUGUGAAGUUCCCGGUAUCAACAUCUUCCCCUCCCCUGACCAGCAGUCCAGCACCCCCCAUGCUCCCUCAGCCCUGAACACGGGGGGCUCCCUGCCUGACCUCUCCAGCCUGCACUUCCCGUCACCGCUGCCCACCCCGCUGGACCCAGACGAGCCGGGCUACCCCUCGUCCCUGAGUGGGGGCAGCAGCACGGGCAACCUGGCCUCCACCUUGACCCAGCUGGGCAUCAAUGCCAGUAACGCCUUCUGCCACUCACCAGGUCUCCUGGCAUCUCUUCAGGGGACUCUCAGUAACCCCUCCCUGCAGUCCUCGCUAAGCAACCCCAACAUCCAAUCAUCUCUCAGCAGCCACUCCUUCCCCAACUCCCUCAGCUCCACCUCCUUGCACUCAUCGCUUAGCAACCCUUCCCUGCAGUCCUCCCUUAGCUCCUCCCCCUCCCUCCAGUCUUCCCUGAGCAACCAAUCCCUGCACUCCUCCCUCAGCAACUCCUCCCUGAGUGGCCAGUCCCUCCACACCACAUCCAGUAAUCCUAGUUACAAUAGCGGGGUGGGAGGGUCCGGCUCGUGCUCCUCUUAUUCGCCACUGCUAACUAGCCAGGGGCAGUCGCCUCUCAGCACGUUGCCACGGAGACGAGCUCAGCUCUCCCCUCUGAUCCUACCCAUGGGAGGGGAGUCUCGCCGACACCACUCCAAACAGUUCUCCCCCACCAUCUCUCCUAACUUGUCCUCCAUAACACAGGGUGUCCCUCUGGACACCAGCAAACUCCCCAUGGACCAGAGGCUCCCUCCCUACCCCUUCAGCCAACCCCAGCAGCAGCUUCAUCAGCCAGGUCCUCCAGCAUCCCAUCAGCCCCAGCAGGCCUCUCAGGUAGGACAACAGCUCUCCCAGCCGUCCGUGGUACUGCAACAACAAAAUCAACAACAGCACCAACACCAUCAGCUGCAUUUGCAACACCAGCUGCACCAGCAGCAAUGUGCCCAGUCUCAGCAGGCCCUCCAGCAGCUGCACCUGCAGAACCUGCGCAAUGCCCAGAACCAGCAGAUGCAGCACCUGCAGCAGCACCAAAGGGUGUCGGUCAAAAUUGAGAAGCAGGGUGAGCAGGGCCAGAACUCUCAGUGCCUGCAGACGCAAGACCCGCAGUCAACCCAGCAGCAGCAGCAACAACAACAACAACAGCAGCAGCAGCAGCAACAACAACAACAACAACAACAGGACCAGCAAGACCAACUGCAGCAGAUGGAGAAGCAAAGGCAGCAGGGAAAUCUUCCACCGCUGCAGCACAUCAGCCAGUCCCUGGCCACAGACCUGGGCCUCUACAACGACACAUUACUGUUAAACUCUCUGUUGGAUGAUCCCUACCUGGGCCUGCAGAUCGCCUCCAGACAGAACCAGCAGUCUCAGUUCAACAUGGAGACUCCGGGAGACAGCCUGUCAUUCAACCACGGUGGCUUGGGCUGUGGGAGUGGUAGAAAAGGCCAGGAGGAAUCCUACCACCCCAACCAUGGCUUCCUGGAGCUCCACGACUCAGGGGAUAGGCAGCACCUUAACAACCAGAACUUUGGGGGAGAGGGAUGCCACAACGUCCCUAACAUCAUCCUCACAGGAGACAGUUCGUUGGGCCUUUCCAAGGAGAUCGCCAGCGCCCUGUCCCACGUGCCAGGGUUUGAGAUGGACUCAUUUGCUCUGGAUGACCCCCUCAGGAUGGACCCCCUGGCCCUUGAGGGGCUGGGCAUGCUGGACGGGGACUUCAUGCUGACUGACCCCGCCGUGGAAGACUCCUUCCGCUCCGACCGCCUCAAGUGACCCUCCCCCAGGAGUGGAUAUGGAGGAGUGAGGAGGGAAGGGGGUUGGAACGACCCCAGACUGAAGUGGAACAGGUGGGGUUGAGCCCUGCUUUGUUUCCCCCUCCUUGGCGAUUGACCCAACCACAGCAUCUGCGAAUAAAAGGUCAGGUGGGAGGUUUUGGACAGUCUAGUGCAGGGAUCUCUGACUGGUCCCGGAGAGAAACUGGGAAGCAGGCUUUUGUUCUACCACAGCACUAAUACACCUGUCAAAUAAUCAGCUAAUCACUGUCUUAAAUCUGGAUCUUGAUUAUUUGAAUCGGGUGUGUUAGUGCUGGGCUUGAAUAGAAUUCUACAUGCUCUCCAGGACCAGAGUUGGAGGCACCUGGUCUAGUGGGGACCUCUCCACAUGCUUUUUGUGAGGUGAUGUGGUGGUGGGGAAGGUUGGAGGACAGGACUGACAUGUCAGUGGUGGAGCAAGUUCGUUUACGGUUCUUUCCGCUACAUCCAGGCAGUUAUCGAAAAUGCACUCGUGAUGCUUAAGAGAAAAAAAGAAAAUAUAGGCAUUAGCUUGUACGAGUCUUAUCUGCAUGUAAACAAAUGCACUUCGGAUAAUGCAUAAACGCAGGGAUCACGCAUGAAGUCAGUUACACUUGAAAAUGCCGUCUUAAAAACCAUACCAUAUGCAUUCUGAGACAGGACUUUCCCGACUGGUCUUUCGGCUUUGUCUGUCUGUGUUCCAUCAUUCCAACACCAGUAUGGGGAGGCUGGAAUAUCGGCCAUGUUCGCCAUCUUUCUACUGCAAGAACACACAGUAGAUCUGGGGUAUUUUCUGGAUUACAUCAACCCAACCAGAGACCGUUCAACCAAUAGUUGCCAAUUGACAUGUCAUUAAGUGUUUCCAUUUUAUUUAAGUUUGGUGAAGGUAAUUCAAUGGCGGGCCUUGCUAGCUAUAAUUCAGAUAUAGUUCAGUCUUUCAACGGACAAGAGAAGAAAGUGUUUUUUUGGAGAGGUGACUUUCUCAGUCCCUCGGGACAAGUUGGCACUUAUUCAUUUUAGUGUCUGGACGGCAUAUUCGUCUGUAAGAUUAUCACUGUGCCUGUGUUCAAGACCCAGCUAAAUUGACCUUUCUCAUUUAACGUCUGUUAACUUGAAUCGUCUUGAUGGUUCCUAAUUGAAAAAAAAUGACCAAAUCAAUCGUCUAAGGAUAUUGUCCUCAUAUUGAACCAAGUAGUCCACAGAAUCCAUUAUCCAACUCUCCUGUCUAUAAAAACAACAAAGAAAAUAACACAUUUCAUUGCACCUGUCUGGUGUGUGACAAAAUAUUUUUGUAUUCUUUUUUUAAACAUGUCCCAACAUGACAGAUGUUGCCAUUCUGCCAGCCUGCUUCUAUACCAUUGAGCUUCUCAGUAAGUUUAAGCUGAGGACCUUUUGCUAUGUACCACCCCUGUGUGCCUGCUAUCUUCCAGUCAGAUCUUAGACCUACCCUCUUCUGCACAUUUCCUUUAAAGCAACUAGGGACUGUUUGUUUUUAAAUGUGUGCUAUUGACAAAGUGUCUGCCUUCCAUCAAGAGAAUUGGCAUUGUUGAUAUGAAAAAGGCAGAGGAAAAGGAAAAGCCCUCAAUACAUUGAAAUUACAUGAAUUGGAGUUGUAUGUUUUAUCAUUGAGUAAUUGGGAAAUGGCAAGGCCAAAACCAAGUAGACUAAUGCAUAGCAACAUUUUUGCCAUAGUAUAUAUUUUAACUGCUACUACUAUCCUAAGGCCUUGGAGCUUUAGUGUCCGUUUUAGUCAGGUAAUCCUAGCCACUGUGAUUGACACCUCUAACCCCUCCCACCUGCUGCACCUGUCUUGCCACAGCAAGGGCCAGAGCCAGAUUAUAGUAACAUAUUUUUAUGUAACAAAGUAGUUAUUACUAUGAAGUUUUAUUUUUUAAUUAAAGGUGGUCUGUCUUUGUAUAUAAAUGGAUAAAUAAUUGAGAGUAUAUUUAAGAAGAGAAGCCUUUUGGUUCCGCAACACCCUGAAACCGGUUGCAUGAUUUGAAAAGCAACAGGUUCUGAAAGUAGUCCAUUUGCUAUGCAAAGUGUUCUUGUGCAUGUCUCUGGGAGUUGCCAAAUAUUUUUUUAAUUUAGUACAUUUGCAAAUAGUACAUUUGUAUCAUACUAUUGUAGUGAAAACACUUUUUUUUUAAACUAAUUUUUGGGGGCUUUUUUAUUGGUUUUUAAAUGGGCAUAUUUUGCUUUGGUGACAAUGUUUGAUAUUGGUGUCUGAUGACUACUGUAAGUUUGACAUUGUGUGGGAGCAACAGGAAGUUAGUGCUUGAGAUAAUAUCGUUAAACUUUCAUAACGACAAAGGUUAUGGAAAUCAGCCCUUCUUUCCAGUGUGGACUGAAAGAGGCCAUGUUUGACAGACUUAAUAAACACAAGCAUUGCAAUUUGGAUAUAGAAAGCUGUAUGCAACUGUUACAUCAUAGAUUUGUGGUAACAUCCAUCCUAAAAUGAAGUAGUGCUGUUCUGAAGUUGUGCUAACAUGGAGUUUAACCCCCUUAUUGACAGAUAUUGAAGUACCUCUAAUUACCGGUAUGCUUUAUUUCAACCAUAUUGCUUUUACACUGAUCAUAUGAGCCAAAUGUAAAUCUUUUUUGACAGGAGUGGUGGUUGAAGUGGUUUGAGUAUCAAACCUAUGGUAAAACCCAUUCACUACUGCCCCCUAUCCAACAGUAAUAGUGUGGGUUUGCAAAGUCUCCUUUUACCACUGUGAGCCAAUGUUGUGCCUCGAUGUAAACUCAGCAAAAAAAGAAACGUCCUCACUGUCAACUGCGUUUAUUUUCAGGAAACUUAACAUGUGUAAAUAUUUGUAUGAACAUAACAUUCAACAACUGAGACAUAAACUGAACAAGUUCCACAGAUAUGUGACUAACAGAAAUGGAAUACGAUGUCCCUGAACAAAGGGGGAGAGGGGGAGGGUAAAAUCUAAAGUAACAGUCAGUAUCUGGUGUGGCCACCAGCUGCAUUAAGUACUGCAGUGCAUCUCCUCCUCAAGGAUUGCACCAGAUUUCCAAGUUCUUGCUGUGAGAUUUCUGGGGGGGAAUGGCCCUAGCCUUCACCCUCCAAUCCAACAGGUCCCCAGACAUGCUCAAUAGGAUUGAGAUCCGGGCUCUUUGCUGGUCAUGGCAGAACACUGACAUUCCUUUCUUGCAGGAAAUCACUCACAGAACGAGCAGUAUGGCUGGUGGCAUUGUCAUGCUGGAGGGUCAUGUCAGGAUGAGCCUGUAGGAAGGGUACCACAUGAGAGAGGAGGGUGUCUUCCCUGUAAGGCACAGGGUUGAGAUUGCCUGCAAUGACAACAAGCUCAGUCUGAUGAUGCUGUGACCAUGACGGACCACCCCACCCCCCACAAAUCUGUCCUGCUCCAGAGUACAGACCUCGUUGUAACGCUCAUUCUUUCAACGAUAAACGCGAAUCCGACCAUCACCUCCGGUGAGACAAAACCGUGACUCGUCAGUGAAGAGCACUUUUUUGCCAGUCCUGUCUGGUCCAGCGACGGUGGGUUUGUGCCCGUAGGUGACGUUGUUGCCGGUGAUGUCUGGUGAGGACCUGCCUUACAACAGGCCUACAAGCCCUCAGUCCAGCCUCUCUCAGCCUAUUGCGGACAGUCUGAGCGCUGAUGGAGGGAUUGUGCGUUCCUGGUGUAACUCGGGCAGUUGUUGUUGCCAUCCUGUACCUGUCCUGCAUGUGUGUUGUUUGGCUGUACCGAUCUUGUGCGGGUGUUGUUACACGUGGUCUGCCACUGCGAGGACGAUCAGCUGUCCGUCCUGUCUCCCUGUAGCGCUGUCUUAGGCUUCUCAUAGUACGGACAUUGCAAUUUAUUGCCCUGGCCACAUCUGCAGUUCUCAUGCCUCCUUGUAGCAUGCCUAAGGCACGUUCACUCCCUGUAGCGCUGUCUUAGGCUUCUCAUAGUACGGACAUUGCAAUUUAUUGCCCUGGCCACAUCUGCAGUUCUCAUGCCUCCUUGUAGCAUGCCUAAGGCACGUUCACGCAGAUGAGCAGGGACCCUGGGCAUCUUUCUUUUGGUGUUUUUCAGAGUCAUUAGAAAGGCCUCUAGUGUUCUAAGUUGUCAUAACUGUGACCUUAAUUGCCUACUGUCUGUUAGCUGUUAGUGUCUUAACGACCGUUCCAUAGGUGCAUGUUCAGUAAUUGUUUAUGGUUCAUUGAACAAGCAUGGGAAACAGUGUUUAAACCCUUUUACAAUGAAGAUCUGUGAAGUUAUUUAGAUUGUUACGAAUUAUCUUUGAAGACUGUGUCCUGAAAAAAGGGUGUUUCUUUUUUUGCUGAGUUUAUAUUUUGCUUCUUACUAGGCUGGUGGUGUUGGUAAGACCACAAGUCAUUUUGAAGAGUCAUAAUAAUGCAUUUCCUAUUUAGCCAUUAAUGAGGAGGUAUAAAAAAAUAUCAAGUUAGCGUGAAAAUCAUAUUUGAAAGUGUUAGAAGUUGUUCUGCAUUGCUUAGUCCUGUGUUCCCUAUUUUCUGUGGCAUGUUUCCUGUAUUUUCAGAUUUAGUUUAGUUCUGCACUGUGGACCAUUCCCAACCAAAACUGAAAAUAUUAUUUUGAAAUUAUAUUUGAAUUGAUAGGCUAUAUAAUGGAGAUUUGAAUGAGUCCUUUUUUAAGUGGACUGUAGGGUAGAGUGGACGGAAUGUCUUGUCUGUUUAGAAGGAAUCAUGUAAGUGUGGCUAGUAUAUUUUAGAUUGGGUCUGAAGGGUAUUCUGAUGAAGUACCAGUUAGUUUCAGGGUCAGCGCUGGCAGUUGACUCGAGGUGUGAUGAUUAAAUGAUCUUCACCUGGUGUGAGAACAGACUUGAAAUGCAGAGAAAGUAAUUUUAUUGUUUUCACUGUUAUUCUGCACUUUGUCAUUUAAAAACCCAAGAGCACGCCCGCCAUUGGUUGUCUUGCUUGAUUAGUCCAUGGUGAUGCAUGUUUGCUCUACCAGUUGUUUGAUUUAGAAUAUGUGACAAUGUUACGCAAUGCCUCUGAGAGAUAUCGGUCACUUUGCCAAUAUAGUUGGCUUGUUGAAAAAUCUUCUUCAUGCAAUUAUUUAAAUGUUUUUUAUUUAACUAGGCAAGUCAGUUAAGAACAAAUUAUUAUUUACAAUGACGGCCUAACCCGGACUAUGCUGGGCCAAUUGUGUACCGCCCUAUGGGACUCCCCAUCACGGCCGGUUAUGAUACAGCCUGGAAUCGAACCAGGGUCUGUAGUGACGCCUCUAGCACUGUGAUGCAGUGCCGUAGACCGCUGCGCCAUUCAGAAGCCCAAAAUUAUCAUGUGUAUCCUAAAGUUUGAAUGUGUACACUGCAGUUUUUAGUUACUGAGGAAAGGAGAAAUAUUUGCUCAUUUAUGUUUUCCCCCUCAGUAUUCGUUAGUUACACCAAGUGAAUUUGUCUAACGUCUUGGCAAUUCUUCACAGCUGCAAUUUGAUGUUUCAGCUGUCAUGCUUAUAGAGAGCAAUAGUAAUGUGGUAUUUUUGUAGGCACUAAUGGAGCUAGGCUUACUCCACCAUGGCUUGUUGGCCAAAGCCUAUGGAGAAAUUAUUUUGGGGUUUGUUUUGAUAAAUACAAAAAACAAGGCCUGUGUGAUCUUACAUUUUGUUCUAUGAGAUAAUCUUCAUUCCCUAAAGUAAAUUUUUUGUGAAUUUUUAAGCAUUUAUGUAAUCAAAAUAAGCACAUAAAGGGUUCAUAAUUCAUAAAGGUCAUGUUAACAGACAUACAUCUCAUUGAACAAAGCAUAUAAAAUCAUCAAAGGAUGUGUUAAUUAGCCCCAAACCUCAUUCAUUUCCACUAUAGGAACGGCUGAACGAACCUGAGGUUUCAUUUCCGAUUUUUAGGACUACAUGGAGGCUCUGCGCUCACAACUUCAUAGAUCUCUCAGCAUCUGUCUUGUGCAAUAACAUUGUAGUUGAAGACCAUGCACGGCAAUAACAUUGCCAGUAGGGGUUGCUGUUGAACAGUGAAGUUGUGUGAUGGGGAUCAGUCAGAUGGCCAUGUUAAUUGCUGUUAUUGUUCAGUGUAUUUUACGGUUGUAAUAAAAACAUUUUUGCUUUAUGUUUAGGGUCAAAACCAUAUGUAUUUUGCGUUUUCAGAGGAAUACAUUUAAAUGUUUAUUUUACAUUUUUAAUAUCCAGGGAACCCAUGUGUGUUGUAAAUACUGUUCCUAAACCACUGUGCAUCUGAAACCUAACAAGAAAAUAUUUGUACCUUCACAUUAUUUUACAAAAAAUAAAAAAUCCUGUCAAAG